AUUUAUGCCACAUUUUUAAGGGAAGAGGAUCAAUCAUCUUUCUCACAUUAUCCACGUGAUACACAUGACCACUCACUCUCCAUUACUACUGCCACACGCGCGUAGUAUAUCCACGCGCUUACGACCUACUUAUGUCCCCUCCUCCGCCACUCCUCCUUCACUCCGCUUCAAUUUUCCUCGCCGGAAUUACUCUUUCCCGCCAAAAUUCACUAUGCCUUCCGCCAUCUCCGCCGCCUUUAAUGCCUUCGAUGAGCUGAAUUUCCCGUUGGAGCUUGAUGAUGAAUUCGAUUUUGAUCGAAUUGUAUCGUCUGAUGGACUUAUUACCAUUUGCGGCUUCGGUUCUCUUCUCUCAGAGAGGAGUGCUCGUAGUACAUUUCCAGAUUUGAUCAACUUCAGAGUGGCGAAAUUGAGUGGAUUUCGGAGAGUGUUUGCUCAUGUGGCGCCUAUCUUCUUCGAGCGUGGCAUAGCUAAACCUGAAACCAAGGAAAUAUCAAGCUUGAGUGUGGAGCCCUGUGAAGGGGAAACUCUUAUAGUUACUAUCUUUGAAAUUCAGAGAUCUGAGAUUCCAGCAUUUAUUGAAAGGGAGCAUGAAUUUCGGUUUUUAGCUGUAAUCCCAGAAACUUUAAAUGGAUUGUUUUACACCAAUCCAGCAAUAAUUUGUGCUCGUUAUAGUGAUGAGGAGUAUCUGAAAAAUAGGUGCAAAGGUGAUAAAGACAUCUUCUUCCAGCGAUAUGGACGGUAUAACAUUGACAAGAUUUGGAGAGAUGAUAUAUUCCCUUGCCGUGUCUAUCUUCGCCAUUGUGUUCUGGCAGCUCAAAAUCUUGGUGACAUAGCCUACGAUAACUUUCUUGAUCACACCUUCCUUGGCAACCGCAGAACUACAAUACGCGAGUACUUGUCAACAACUGGUUCUGGAAUCAUGGAAGAACAGCCUCCAGAAUUGUUAAAAGAACGAUAUGGCGGUUAAGUCUGAUGCUCUGAUCGAAUGACAUUACGCGAUUUAUAUUUACUACAUUAGAUGUCAAUGAAUGACACUAACUCCAUAUAGGUAGUAAUAUCAGAAAUGUUUGUGAUUGGCAUCACAAAUAGUCUGCAUAUCAUAUGUUGGAAGACAACUAUUGACUUGUCUACACAACUGCAUUGUAAAAGCAGUAGUGUGAUUAGACUUGGUAGAUCUGAAGCGGUGUCAGAUUUAGGAUUUGAUGUUUAUGAAUUUGUACGACGAUUUCAAGUUAAUAUUACAAUAGUAAUUUGGUUAA